AUGGCGACAGCAGCACCUUCACCCCUGGCCAGCUCAAGAGAGAAGACAAAUGGAAACAAGCUGAGCAGGCUCCUUAUCGAUGGUGGAACAACAGCACUGAGGAAUAUUUUUGAUGCUAUUCACCCUCCUACCAACUUAACGUCUGAUCUCAAUUCCAAUUACUCCAUUCUUAACAACCUUUUGCGUAGAAGAGUACUAAAUGGCCAUCAGUGGGACAAACUGUUCCCCUCUGGUGGAGGGCUACCAGACUCCAACACGUUUGACAUCACUCUUCUGUUCCUUCUGCUAACCAACAUUUGUGGUUUAUCCCCUCCCCUGACAGGAUGGCACACCAAGCCAUCCCCUGGUGACAAUUCUCUUGAGGCUAACCUUGCUCGCGUUAAGCUCUUUCGGAAUGAGCUGUACGGUCACGUGACGUCCACGGGAGUUAAUGCGACAUCUUUCUCUACGUUUUGGCAAGAAAUAAGCACCACUCUUUAUUCGCUCGGUUUAGAUCAAGCUGAAAUUGACAGACUGAAGGCAGAGCAGGGUGGAGAGGAAGAUUACCUUGAUGCCUUAAUUGAGUGGGCUGACAGUGAAGGAGACAUAAAAACACAGCUGAAGGAUAUCCAGCAGACGCAACUUAAACUCAGUAAAACGGUUGAAGAUGGCACUUUAAAGAUGGAAGAGCUACGUCAAGUCCUAAGCAGAACUCAGGAUGUCGUAGAUGAAGCAGUGGAAAUAGAACUCAAAGGACAACAAGAAAUGAGGGCAGCACAGUCACGUUUAGAGGGAGUGUGUGAGUCCCAAGACGAAAUUCGUGCGUCAAUUCAAGAGGUAAAAGAGGAAGUAAAAAGCUUGACGAAAAAGAGAAACGAGCAGGCAGAUGAAGUGCUAAGAACUCUUGUGAAGUCGGAAUUCAAAGGAGACAUAGAAUUUCAUGCAAACAAAUUCCAAGAAGGAACUCGUGAGUGGAUCUUCAAAAGCAUUGAAAACUGGUUAGAUGACCGAGCAUCGCCACAUCGGGUGAUGGUAAUCAGUGGAAAUCCAGGGAUGGGAAAGACUGUUAUCUCCGCUGUUGUUUCGCAAAGAAUGCAAAAGGCUGGAAGACUCUCGGGAAGCCACUUUUGUCAGCAUGACGAUUCAAGGUACCGAGAUCCUCGUUUAAUGCUCCAGUCUUUGGCCUGUCACUUGUGUCAAGCGAUGCCAAAUUACAAAAAUGCUCUAGUGGAACAGCUGUCAAGAAAUCUAGGUAAAGAUCUCAACAACAUGGGGGUAAAAGAGUUGUUUGCGUUGCUGUUUAAAGAGCCUCUAAGCACAGUACAAGAUCCUGGAAAAAACACCCUAAUAGUCAUUGAUGGCCUUGAUGAAAGCGAGUACAAAGGACGAAAUGAGCUUCUACAUGUAAUCAGCAACCACUUUUCUAUGCUUCCAGUUUGGAUUAGAAUUUUGAUCACAACUCGUCCAGAGAGGAGCAUAAUAGACGCAUUGCGACAUUUAGAGCCAAUCGAGCUUGAACAAAAGCAAGAAGAGAACUUAAAUGACAUUCGCACCUUGUUUGAAAUACAGCUCAGUCACAAAAUUGGUGAAGAGCAUAAAGAUAUUCUCUUAAAAGAGCUGGUUAAGAAAUCAGAAGGCCUGUUUAUUUACGGUUACUUUAUAGUGGAUUUUAUCCAAAUGAAUGUUUCAAUUCUUACCCCUGAUCAGCUGGAAAGCAUACUGCCUUCAGGUAUUUCAUCCGUUUACUCGCUCUAUUUCAAACGGUUAGAGAAUGAACUUUGCAAAGAGCUUAAUACAGAUGAGGAACAUUUUUUGCGUUUCCUGUGUGCUUUGACCGCUUCAAGAGAGCCCCUGCCAGUGGAAUUUAUUGCCAAAAUUCUAUACCUUGGGGAAAAAUCUUUGAGCGCGCAGCGAAAAGUUAAAAAAGCGAUAUCUUGCAUCUCUACACUGUUACAAGUUCGGGAGGGUCGUCUGCACUUUUUUCACAAGUCAAUCAAGGACUGGCUAGUUGCAUCAUCGCCCUAUGAACAACAUGAUUUCACCGUGGACCAGAAAGAAGGUCAUGCCGUCCUCUCCAAUAUUUGUGCUUCUGAACUGGACAACAUUAAGCGAAAAGGGGUUCAUGGCAGACAGUUUACAAGCACUGAAAGAUAUGCUUUGAUUCAUACUAUCCAGCACAUGCUUGAGGCCAAUGAUGAUCAUGAAUGGACUGACGGUUCAAGGACCAUGACUGGCACAUCCAAUCAGGUAUACCAGUAUUUGACGGACCUAGAGCUUAUGUACGCAAAACUCUGUGUAAAUAGAACAUCUGCCACGGAGGAUCUCUUCCGUAUUUGCAACGAACAUUCGGGUAUACUGAAUGAGCAAAGACAUUCAAUUGCAACACUGCUCUAUAAUGUUCUAAGAAAACAUUAUUAUAUGUUGCUAGAUCACCCUCACCUAUUUUUCCAAUGUUUGAUUAACGAAGGGAUUCCUGUAUUAUCGUCUGCAGCAGCAAGUAUCGUCGAAUCAUCUUUCCCCACAAUACCCUACAUGAAAAAUCUAGAUAAUAGUAAGGACCAGACGGGAGCAGAGCAAGCAAGGUUCUACUGUUCAGAUAAAAUCGCUUGUUUCGAUGUUUCACCUAAAUUGGAUUACAUAGUAUGCGAGUGUCGAGACCAAACAAUCCAUCUGUUUUCCCUGCAGACUGGUAUCAAAGUAUGGGUUCGACGAUCACCAAUAACAAGAGAGUAUGGUUUUAGAAAUGCAAAUGUAAGUGGUGCAUAUCAUCAGAUAGGGCAUUUUUUGUCAUUUUAUCAUUCUGUCAUCUUUCAUCCAAAUGGGAGGUCGGUACUACCUGGAACUCUUCGAUAUGUUUUCACCUUAAGUGGAGAGAAAGAAGACCUUUUUCCGGAAAGUGACUGUACAUUCUCAAAAUGUGUUGUACGUUCUCCUGUCAACAAGAACGUCAUUAUCACACAUUGCCCGACGCAGCCAAAGCGGAUUAACUUUUGGGACAUGGAAAAUGGCCUAAAACUUUUAUCUUUCGAUUGCGGUAAAGACAUUUUUUCCUUUGCCGUUUCUGAUGAUGGGUCGUUGAUUGCUGUUUCGGAAAGGGAUGAUUAAGAUACAAUUACUAUAGUUAACUUAAAAGAAAACUCUCGUUUAAAUAUCAUUUCCUCUGGAGAACAAGGACCUUGUGGAUUCUUGCGCUUUACAUCCGAUCAAAACACGCUUGUUUAUGGCUUUCAAUAUUCUACUUGCGCAGAUGAAGCUUCUUGCCUCUACUGCGAAAGCGCUUAUAACGGAGUACCUGGGUUUAAUUUUAUUACGCCUUUAAAUAACAUUCACCUACCUGGAAAAAAGAAUCUGGAAGAAGCAGAAUUUACACCCUUCGUCUUGUGGCCUCGUAUUCUAUCAGGCGCUUUGACGAAAAAUGAUUUUACGGAGCAGAACAAGAGCUCUUCCUGGUUAAAAAAAAUUCAGAGAAGGAUGCCAAUUUAUUUGCGGGUUUCUCCCUCAGACUUGACGAUCAAACAGUAUUGGCUGGCAGCCCGGAGCACAGCUAUGUUAUGAUGUUAAAUGUUAGGAUACUUCAGAGUGAGUCUGAUUUCACGGACACGAAGAGAAUAAUCGAGUUGCAUAAAAGAGAAAUUGUAUUUUCUCUGGAAGGAGAUACGAUCUACUUCAUUAUUUCUGAAAAAUCUAUGUUCUUCCCAUCUCCUCCUUCUUUAAUCACUGUCUGGAGAAUGUCAACUCGAGAAAUCCUGACGUCAAAGACAUUCUCUGGUCCUACAUCUAUCGCUCCAAUGAAGACAGGUGUCCUGCUUGUCACUACUGAAAAACCGCGGAUAGUAGCAGAACUGUGGAAUUUCGAGUUGUCUGAGUGUAAUCAACGUAUUGUCGAACUUACUUCUAAGACUGCUAUGCUAUACAGAGCUAUAAUGUUCCCAGUAUCUGAUAAUCGGAUAGCAUUCUUUUACCACUUGAACUCCCACGAAUUAAAAUGUAUCAGCAGUUCACGAAACCGGGAGGAAAACCAAGAAUCACCCCAAGCGGAUUUGUUAGAAUCCUCAGAUGGUAACAUUAAUUGCAUUGACUUCAUAGACGUCACCAACUUCGGAGGAAAGCUUAUUUCCUCGCUAAGGAUUAAAGCUGACCUUGAAGAAAUCUUAAACUGCACCCCUUCCAGUAGCAGUUUAAGCCAAGUGCUGGUCUGUAGUUCUAGGAUUAUAAAAGUAGGAAAUGGACUUGUAGACGAGGAGCAGGCAACGGUGAGUUUGAGAAAUGAAGGUUUCGUAACAUGGAAAAGAGACACGACAUUCUACAAUUCAAUGUGCCUGAACCCACACAUGAUUUUAUCGCCCAAAAAUGAAUUUGUUGUCACGUGGAACACUCUUACCGGGGGUAAGGGUCUACAUAUACUUAAUGCAAGUACAGGAGAAACACUCCACGUGUUCUUUGAAGACCAAGAAGACAUUGUUGAUUGUAAGUUUCUAGAUGACGAAGCCGUGGUUUGCUGCUGUAAGGACAACUUCCUUCGAUUGUAUAAUGUCAGAACCGGAGAUCUACUAACUAUUCUAGACAUUGGAGAGCAACCGUUCUGUUUGGGAGCCUGUCUGUACCAGCUUCUUGUUGUCAUUGGGUUGUCCGAGACAAGAAUAAAAUUCGUCCACGUACAUUUGCCAACGGAAUCUAAAAAGAAGAAAUAAAGGUGAGCCUUUUUCUACUCGGUCAAAAAUAGGUACAAGGCUAGUUUCGCAAGUUACUGUAACCUAACAGUAUCUAGACUCUAGAGCAGUCUUCGUUUUCUCAGUCCAUAGAGCGAAAGGCGCGAUACACGAAAAUAACCACGCGCGUGACUAAGGGUGGCUCUCUCCCACGCGUAUACUUCCUGUACUAAAAACAUUAAUUGGAAGAAAAUAGGGGACUACUUGCAGCCUAAACCAGAAGCCAUAAUUAAUUAUAGCGCCUGGCCUAAACAGUACCCACAUCACAACACAAUAAGUAGAUAUACGUCUAGAGUGAAUCUCAUUCUUACAAAUUUUCGCGCAUAAAUUCAGAAAUCGUAUUCCGCGAUUUAGGUGAAACACAUACCGAAGUUACAAAGGGUAUAAUACCAUUCUUUGAUCUGCUCAGUGAAAAAGACCAGCGCCAAAAAGAAAGAGCCGACCAUAAAGUUUAGUGAAUGUACCAAAGACGGUUUUGAAAGAUUUAUACUGUAGGACACAGGUGAUAGUGAAGCAGAGAGAGAAUAUGAGUCUAAUAUGGAAUAAUCUACGAAAAAGAACCAUGUUUGAAAUUACCUAAAAUCAUUGCCAUCACGUCCACGACUUACAGCAACUUUAAUUAAGAAUUAUGUUCUGUUGUAACGUGACAUAGUAUUAAAUUUUGAAACUUUAAUUUUUCUUGCAUUCUAGUUUUUGCGAGUAGUAGAUUUCGGGAUCAGUGUUUUGAAUUUGCGAAAAACGCGAAUUUUAGACUUGAUAGCUUCCCGCUUACUUAAAUAACACAAGCAACUUUCUGUUUUCAGUUGCAGUUUCAACACAAGUGAAUUGAGCAACUUCUGGUGGCCUGUCAUAAAGAAGGGCAAGAAGAGCUGGAUUCUCCAAAUCAGUGACCAUGAUCUUUAGUCCCGGGGAGGGGUGGGGUUACUCAACAAAUGUUUAUACGGGUAGGCUCCGCCCCGAGGUCCAACUCCCCACCCUUUUAUAUGCCAUUUUCACGAAAAAGGUACCCUUUCGUAUACCUUCUAUUGGCAAAUGGUACCCCUUUAAUAUACCUUGUCUAGAACUUUGCGUCCCUUUUAACUGCUGUAAAAAGCGCUCGUCUUUCAAAUAGGAAUCAAUCACAAAAAUUGAACUCAAUGUUUUCUCGACUUUAUAAAACCAUAAAAUUUAUCUGUUAGCCCUUUUAGGCCCUUUCACAGACCCAAAUGACAGAUUUCCCUACCCUUUUAUAUACAUCAACUAGUGAAAUCCCUCCUCUUUCAUAUACCUUAUUAUAGGAAAUUAACGCUCCACGAAAUUAACGCGAAUCGUUAAAAUUCGCGUUAAUUUAAGUCGCUUUAAUUUUGUUGAGCGUUAAUUUCCGCGACGUUAAUUAAGUGCAGCGUUCAUUUCCGCGCUCUUAAUUCUAGUAUUUUAAACCCAAUUUACUACAAGCUUUCUUUCUUUCCAUUUACCCUUUAUUUUUCAUCUUUCACAAAUGCUAAGGCGAAGGUUUACAAUAUUUCGAGUUCAUCUUCAUCGUUGUCGCUGUCAAACGUGAUGUCAAUACCUUCUCCUUUGAUUUCGCGUAAUUAAUCGCGUUAAUUUCCUUUAUUAUGAAAUUCUACCUCCUCCUUCGCGUUAAUUUUCUUUAUUCGAAAAGUCGUUUCCCAUUAAACUCGCGUUAAUUUAAGUCGCGUUAAUUUCCAAUACCCUAAUUUCAUGGAGCGUUAAUUUCCUAUAAUAAGGUAACUGAAGCCUGAAAAAGAUACCCCUUUCGGGCGGAGCCUCUCUGUAUGGGCCAUCAUAGGGAGUACCCCCGGGUCUUUAGUUAGCGUUGUGCUUGGCGAUGGAUGAAAAGAAAUAAUUGCAAAAGUUGGCAUUCAAAUCCAUUUGAAGAGCCCUGGAUUGAAGCUGCUAUAUCCGGGAAUUGAAAGAGACAUGUAUAUAAUAAACUUUGAAAUUUCGUACGUUAACAGAGUAGCGAAUAUAGGUAGGGGACGGAGGGAGGGUCCGUAAAAAGCACCAAUCAGACCAACUGUUUUAUAACUGGAAAAAAGGCUGAACAUUCGCAUACAGCCUUCAUUUGGUAGCUUACAAUCGAACUUGUUUUGCACUCUCAGUCAUGAUCAGUACACCUUUUUAAACCAAUGGCUUGUUGUAUCAAUUGACGAAAUCUGGACAAAACGUACAACUAAACCGACAAGAAGAAUGUUGUGAACCUUUUUUUUUUGUAUGGCUUUUUUGUGAAUGUUCCAGAUGUCUGAAAGUGGCUCACAUAUCCCAGUAACACUGUAGUAAAAAAAAGGUAAAACGUAGCGUGUAAUAUACUAUGUGAGGACCAGAUAGUGAUAUUGGGGUCAUGUUAAGACGUUCCUUGACCUGGACUGCACCACACUGUGUUUCUGAGACUUGACACGCGCGUUUAAUUUAAUAGCGAGUUUAAUUUAGUAGUUAAAAUUCUGU